AGUUGGCUUUGUACUCCUGUGGUGACAUCUACAGUGGUCAAUACUGAAUUGAAUAAGACUUGUGCCUGGUAAAAACCAAGAUGACGAUCCCAGAUGAGGUUGAUAUCAUCGUUUGUGGUGGAGGUAGUUGUGGUUGCGUCGUCGCUGGGCGACUGGCAAACCUGGACCAUAACCUCCAGGUUCUCUUGAUUGAGGCGGGCGAGUCGAAUUUGAACAACCCCUGGGUAUUCCGACCGGGUAUCUACCCGCGUAACAUGAAGCUGGAUAGCAAGACUGCCUCGUUCUAUUAUUCACGGCCUUCCGAAUGGCUCGACGGACGUCGAGCUGUUGUGCCUUGCGCGCAUAUCUUAGGAGGUGGAUCCUCCAUCAACUUCAUGAUGUACACUCGCGCAUCUGCUUCCGAUUAUGAUGACUUCCAGGCCAAAGGCUGGACAACCAAGGAGCUUAUCCCACUCAUGAAGAAACAUGAGACCUACCAGCGCUCCUGCAACAACCGUGAUAUCCACGGAUUUGAAGGCCCGAUUAAGGUUUCUUUUGGCAACUACACUUACCCCAUCAAGGAGGAUUUCUUGAGAGCCACCGAAUCUCAAGGCAUUCCUACCACCGACGAUCUCCAAGAUCUGGUGACUGGCCACGGAGCUGAGCACUGGCUCAAGUGGAUCAACCGUGACACCGGACGCCGGUCUGAUUCUGCCCAUGGAUACAUUCACAGCACUCGCGCCGUACACCAGAACUUGCACCUCAUGGUCAACAACAAGGUCGAAAAGGUUAUCCUCGAGGGUGACCGCGCAGUCGGUGUCCAGGUCGUUCCUACCAAGCCUCUGUCCCCUGCACAAUUGGCCCCCAAGAUUGUCAGGGCCAGGAAGCAGAUUAUCGUCUCUGGAGGUACCCUCAGCUCACCGCUCAUUCUCCAGCGAUCCGGCAUCGGUGACCCAGAGAAGCUCCGCAGGGCUGGCGUCAAGCCUCUUGUCGACCUCCCGGGUGUUGGUCUCAACUUCCAGGAUCAUUACUUGACGUUCUCGACAUACCGUGCUAAGCCACAUGUCGAGUCGUUCGAUGACUUUGUUCGAGGAGAUCCUGCAAUUCAGAAACAAGUCUUCGACCAGUGGAACCUGAACGGCACAGGCCCUCUUGCUACCAACGGUAUCGAGGCAGGUGUCAAGAUUCGCCCCACAGAGGAGGAGCUCACACUUAUGGACAAGUGGCCCUGUCCAGAGUUCCGGUCCGGUUGGGACAGCUACUUCAAAGACAAGCCCGACAAGCCUGUCAUGCAUUACUCCGUCAUUGCUGGUUGGUUCGGCGAUCAUAUGGUCAUGCCGCCCGGGAAGUUCUUUUCCAUGUUCCACUUCCUGGAGUAUCCGUUCUCGCGUGGUUCGACUCACAUCACCUCGCCUAACCCAUACGAUGCUCCCGACUUCGAUGCGGGUUUCAUGAACGAUAGGCGUGAUAUGGCACCUAUGGUUUGGGGAUACGUCAAGUCUCGUGAGACAGCACGCCGUAUGGAUGCGUACGCCGGUGAGGUGCAAUCGAUGCACCCAUUCUAUGCAUUCGACAGUCCUGCCCGAGCAAAUGAUAUGGACCUGGCCACCACCAACGCCUACGCCCUUCCUGGCAAUCUUACCGCCGGUAUCCAGCACGGCUCCUGGACCAUGCCACUCGAAAAGGGCAAGGCUCCGAGCCCAAGCUUCCUUAACUCCAACUCGCAACAUGUCCUCGAGGAUCUGCAUUACACCAAUGAAGACAUCAAGCAUGUCAUAGACUGGGUCAAGCGCCACGUUGAAACCACCUGGCACUCUCUUGGCACCUGUUCCAUGGCGCCCAAGAAUGGUAAUAGCAUUGUCAAGCAUGGUGUGUUGGAUGAGCGCCUCAACGUGCACGGCGUUAAGGGCCUUAAGGUUGCUGACCUGUCGAUCUGUCCUGACAAUGUCGGCUGCAACACGUACUCGACUGCGCUGCUCAUUGGCGAGAAGUGCGCUAUGUUGACUGGUGAGGACUUGGGAUACAGCGGUGCAGCGCUUGACAUGAAGGUGCCCACUUAUCAUGCACCGAGGGAGGUCGUUGGACUGAGCAGACUGUGAUUGACUCGUGGGAGGCAUGUCGCUCUUUGGUACCGAGAGGUCAGAUGGGAGGUAUGUGAUUGUAUUUUCAAGCGUCUAUGCAUAUCGAAUGAGAAUGAGCCUGU